GGGGGGGGAGGGAGAGGGAGGAGGAUACCCGUACUCAUGGUGUUGAUGGGUGGGUGUGUAGGACGUGGCCAAGUCGCUGAGGGUAUACAAGACCAAUCAGGUGGAGGCGGCAAACUACUUUGCAGCGUGGGCCGAUGACGAGUCUUCGGCACUAAGCGAGUAUGCCGCAGACCUUCGGCGGAUCCAGGGCGAGCAGGCCGAGGCCGAGACUGAGUACAUCAAGCAGCACGAUGUGUACAUGAACGCGCUGCGUGACAUCCGCGACAAGCAUCGCGAUCUCGACGCGUUGCUCAAGCAGCUGAAAGACGCUCAGGGCGCGCUGGCCAAGGCCGAGAAGAAGAAUGCCAAGGCCCAGGGCCAGAAGAAGUACGACGCCAAGAAGGGCGGCCUCGAGGCGGACAUUGCCGCUGCAAGCAAGUCGGCAUCAGAGCUGGAGGAUGCUGUGGGCCACAUGCGCAUGGUGGUCAAGCGCUUUGAGCACCAGGUUGUCCGCCGGGCCGCCGCCGCCUUCAACGAUGCCACGCUUGCCUAUCACCAAGAGUGCAUCCAGCUUGCCUACGAGCGCGCCGAGGUCAUCAGUCGCGUCCCGGACGUCAUUGGUCUUGACGAUGGCGUUUGCGAGUUUGCCGCUAACAAGGACGACGAUCUUGCAGCCACCGACAGCAGCACUCCUUCCGCCGCUGCCAGCGGCCGCAAGCUUCCGCCGACGCCGGGUGGAUCCGUAGGCGGAGCAGGAGAUGCACCUGCUGCUGCUGCGCCCGCCGCCGCAGCGGAGCCGGUCGGGCCGGUCUCCAACGCGGUAACCGGCGCGCCGCCCAACUCGUUCGACAACACCUUCCGGGUCCUGUGCACCGCAGGCGGGAUGGGCGCGGACGAGUGCGGCCUUGUCCACGAGUUUGCGCUCAACGCGUUCGGCACCUCGCGGAUCCGGGUCGACUGCUCAUGCAUGGCCAUGAUUGCGUUUGACACCCGCGACUCGACUGGUGGCCUGUACCUCGGCUCUGGCUUUGACGUCAUCGAGGGUGCGGAAGCGCUCGCGCGCGUGGCCGACGCCGAUGUUGUCCAGCAUGCCGGGCCGUGGCCCAAGGCUGAGUUCCUCGACGAUCCGUGGGAGGAGCUGUGGAACAAGCCGACGACCGAGCGCUCGCACCGCGAGUCUCGGCGGCUCAACGGGCCGACCCGGGUCAUGGCCUCGGCUGUCGAGGGCAAGUCGUACACCCCGCGCCGUGCCGACCAACUUCCUGUCAUGCCCAACGCCCGCUACAUUAUUGCAGAGGACUGCGGGCCCGAUUGGUGGUACGGCAUGCAAGUCGACGGCGACUUUGGCUUUAUCCUCAAGUCGCAUGUCCUCCUCGACGACGAAGACAACGACGCCGUCCAAUCUUCCGAUUCCCCCGCCGCCGCCUCGGAUGUCUGAGCCCGUCCAUGUGAGGCACACCCCAGCUUGUCUUCCUUUCCCACCGCCGCCGGCGGUCGUAAACCAAUCCCUCUGCCG